ACAGUGACAAUUCUACUGAGGACUGGCAAUUAUUUCUAGUUUGAAGAACAAGUGACGUUGGCUCAAAAUGAGUGCAAUGUUGGAAACCAGUGAGCUGCCGGCAGUGUUUGAUGGGGUGAAGCUAGCUGCAGUUGCUGCUGUUCUGUACGUUAUUGUUCGCUGCUUGAAUUUAAAAAGCCCAACUGCCCCUCCUGAACUCAUUUACCAGGACUCUGCUUUGGCCCGCUUUCUACUCAAAUCCUGCCCACUUUUGACCAAAGAGAAGAGUGGACAUAUCCAGACUGCCCUUUACGGAAAAAUGGGGAGAGUGAGAUCACCACAUCCAUAUGGACAUCGCAAAUACCUCACAAUGCCAGAUGGAGCAACAGCCACCUUUGAUCUCUUUGAGCCGCAGUCUGAGCACUGCAUUGGAGAGGAUGUUACGAUGGUAAUCUGCCCUGGGAUUGCUAACCACAGUGAAAAGCAGUAUAUCCGCACUUUUGUUGACUAUGCGCAAAAAAAUGGGUACAGAUGUGCUGUCCUGAAUCACUUGGGAGCCUUACCAAAUAUUGAGCUCACUUCUCCACGAAUGUUCACAUACGGUUGCACCUGGGAAUUUGGUGCCAUGGUUAAUUACAUCAAGAAGACCUACCCUCAGACCCAGCUGGUUGUUGUGGGCUUCAGCCUGGGCGGAAACAUUGUGUGCAAAUACCUGGGAGAGAGCCAGGCCAACCAGGAGCGAGUCCUGUGCUGUGUCAGCGUGUGCCAGGGGUACAGUGCACUGAGGGCACAGGAAACCUUCAUGCAAUGGGAUCAAUGUAGAAGAUUUUAUAACUUCCUCAUGGCAGACAACAUGAAGAAGAUCAUCCUUUCUCACAGGCAAGUUCUUUUUGGAGACAACAUGAAGAAGUCACACAGCCUGUCAGAUGCUGAUCUGAGCAAACUCUAUACAGCAACAUCCCUUAUGCAGAUUGACGAUAACGUUAUGAGGAAGUUCCACGGCUACAAUUCCCUGAAGGAAUACUAUGAAGAAGAAAGCUGCCUGCAUUACUUGCACAGGAUCUAUGUUCCUCUUCUGUUGGUUAAUGCUGCUGAUGACCCUCUUGUGCAUGAGAGUCUUCUAUCAAUUCCAAGAGCCCUUUCAGAGAAACGGGAAAAUGUCAUGCAUGUGCUGCCCCUUCAUGGAGGCCACCUGGGAUUUUUUGAGGGGUCUGUACUAUUCCCAGAACCUCUCACCUGGAUGGAUAAGCUUGUGGUACAGUAUGCCAACGCCAUCUGUCAGUGGGAGAAGACAAAGUCUCACUGCUCAGACACAGAGCAGGCUGUAUCUGGCCAGGAGUAAUUGACCCAAAGACUCUGGAUCACUUCAGUAUAUCCCCCCCUUUGGGAACAUCUUGUUCCCUCACCUGCUGCUUCAGGAUUCCAUUCUCCUUGAUAUCCUAUGGCUGGGGUUUGAUCGCAAUGUUUUCUUCCGAAGUGGAGUCAAAGCAGAGGUUAAUAUCUGGUCAGAGCAUCUUUGCAUAUAUAGUCACUUGGGUUUGUAAUUUACUGCUCUGCUUGAAGAAUUAGGUUGCUGACUGUGACUUGUUACAGGGUUAUGGAGCUAAAGCCUGCUUGCUUUAAUAUAGCAGAAGUUUCAAGUAUCAAAAUUUCUUCACCUGCUGGUCAAAAACUUGAUCUGCGGCCUCUGUUUAGGUGUAGAUGACAGGGUAACUAUGACUCUGUUCUUCUCUGUCCCAGUGCCGGAAAAACCCUGUACCAAGCCACAAGCUGGUGAGUGGAUCAGUGAUUCAGUCUGUUAACCACUAAAAUGUGGCUUGGAAAAACAGAUGCUUGGCUGCAAGUGGAGUUCCAGCCUUGCACCGUCUCAAGGGAAGCCUUUUAGUUACUAGGAAUGCACUUACACGAGUGAAUC